UGAGGGAUGUCCAGCUCCUCAUCUGCGCUCUGUACUGCAUCAGCACCAGGCACUGCGUGAGAAAGACACUAGUCGCAUCCCCCGCUGAGAGCAACGCCGCGUGCGGCUCAUUCAAUCUGGAGCGUCAGAUGGUCGAGCUGGAUGCGCCGCGUCUUUGUCCCUCUCUGUACCCGGACUGUGCGAGUUAACGCAGGAACGGACCAUUAGUAGUUAAAGCUCCAGAGAAAACACGUUACAUCUGUACUGAUUACAGGUUUAUACAUCUCGAGCACUUGGAUUAUUGUCCUCAUAUCACGAUUCCCGUUGAUUGCACGCGCGGAGAAGUAGACGAGCGCGCGAACGAACUCCGCUGUUUCGGGAGAAGAAAGCGGAUCGUUGCGGUUUGAAAUGUGUAAAUUCGGUUCCUUUCUUGCGAGGGAGGAGCGAUGAGCGCGUAAACAAUACUGGGUCUCUUUGUUUCUCACACACGAACCGGUGGAAGAUCAUGUUGACAUGUCGCGCUCUGCUGGAUUUGGAGAUAUGAUGAUAUGAUUGUAUUCUGUCCUGCGUCGCGCGCAUUUAUCUUUCUCACUAACUUAGGGAAGUGUUGUCCUGGGUUGAAUCUGCUUGACUUUGCAUUAUAUAGUAUAUUCAUUUCACUUCCCUAACAAACACAUUUAUGCUGUUACCUUCAUAUCUUCUAUUUGUACGGUUGAACGUUCAGGAUGCUUUCAAAAGAAGGGCAUAUUUGAUUCGCGUCUAGCGCCUUUGAAGUGAAGAAAGACCCUUUACGCGUGUAAAAUCGUCUCUUUGCCCGGGUAUCUGGGCAUCGUUUGUGGAGUUACAGCGACCCACGUGGAAACACGGACUCCAAGGAGGGCAAGAUGGGCUGUUGCAGUGGCCGAUGUACGCUGGCCUUUAUAUGUGGCAUGCAAUUGAUCAGCAUCUUGGAAAGACAAAUAUUUGAUUUCCUCGGAUAUCAGUGGGCUCCUAUUCUCACGAACUUCAUCCAUAUCAUCACAGUGAUUCUAGGCCUCUUUGGGACAGUACAGUUCAGACCGCGAUAUGUUACUGGGUAUGCAGUCUGGUUGGUGCUUUGGGUCACCUGGAAUGUCUUCAUCAUCUGUUUCUAUUUGGAAGUGGGUGACCUUUCAAAGGACACAGACCUGAUCAUGACCUUUAACAUCUCCAUGCAUCGCUCCUGGUGGAUGGAGAACGGCCCGGGGUGCAGGGUGACCCCCGUGACCCCUCCUCCCUCCUGGGCCCCGGAGGACCAUCGCUACAUCAGCAUCACUGGCUGUCUGCUGGAAUACCAGUUUGUGGAGGUGGCUCACAGUUCCUUGCAGAUUAUCCUGGCUCUUGCUGGGUUCAUCUAUGCCUGUUAUGUUGUGAAGCUCAUUUCAGAAGAGGAGGACAGCUUUGACUUUAUAGGAGGGUUUGAUUCGUAUGGUUACCAAGGGCCACAGAAGACAUCGCAUUUGCAACUACAACCAAUGUACAUGUCAAAGUAAAGGAUAACUGCCUUAUCAACCAAUCAAAAUGAAGAAUUGAUGUUCAAACAUUGUCUUUCAAUGUAAAUGUCUUAACAUAAUAGUGUCUUACGAAUUGUCGGAGGAACAUGAACCGACACUUUAACCUCAAAGACUCAAGCAACAUAGCGGAUUUUCUUUGUCUAUUCCCAGCCCCAUUCCUAGCACCAGAGCAUCACUGUACAUCUGGGCUGGGCUGUCACUGUUGGUUGGCAUGAGAGAGCCCCCUUGUGGCUGAGCCCCUCUUUGCCACUAUCAGCAAUGCAAAACAAUGCUUAACAAAGAAAUGGAUUUUGUUGAUCUCUGUGGAUGCCUGGGGAAAGAUCUUGAGCACAGCGGCAAUAAGAAAGACAUGGAAUCGUGCAAUGGACCGAGUGGACUCCACAGUGUUUCGACUGACUUUCCUGGAAACCAUCCAUAACUUAAAAGAAUGUUCAUUAACCAGUCAGUAUGAUAUUAGUUAUCUGAUGUAGUCCUACAAUCUUCAAACGGUGACUGGAGUGAAUUCUUUUGGAGAGUCAUUAUUUGGUUGUUUACAAAGGGUUAUUCCAAGCAUUGGGGUUACCAUCGCACUGGGUUUUCAUACAGUAUUUAAUCACAAACUGGUUAGUUUUUCUUCUUUCUCCUGGAUGUACUUGUCUUGAAAGUGCCAAGAACAGUUAUGACAAACAAAUACAAAUAUCAGUAGCUGCUAAGAGAUUCAUAUUUUUGGAGUUAAACGACAGUCAAAAAUACCUUUGAUUUUAUCCGUUAAUAACGUCACCAUGGGAUCAGCCGUAUUUGUUUGCAUGAGGUGUCAAAAUCUGUUGCGUAUUUAAUAUCUUUCCGGUAGAACUAGGCCAGCCUUGGAAAGGGUAACAGUUGGUCUAAAAGUGACUGUCCUUGCUCUAAAAGGUUAUUUGUGAAUAUUGUGUUUUUCUAAGAUGGUGUUGAAUCUUGUUACCAAGAUAACGAAUAGAAAUCUGUAACUUUGUUCAAUUUUAAACCUUUUUUUUUGUUGUUGUUUUUUUUUGUUGUUUUUUUUACCUGUGUGCCAGUGUUCACUCUUUUCUAGUAGACUAAUAAUUUAUUAAGCCGUGUAAGUGGGCCUUUCUUUUCGAUAUAAAUGUACAUAAUGAUGGGGGAAUCUUUAGAGGGGGUUAGGGGUAGGGAUAGAGAUGCAUUAUUAUUUAUAGUGUGUGGCACUAUAGUCUACUAUGAGUCUACUCGGGUUAGAAUGUUUUGUUUUGUGUAGUGACAGGAACAGAACCCCAAUCUUUAAAAGCUUUCUAAAAGGGAUAGUUCACCCCAAAAUGAAAAAGCUGUCAUUAUAAACUCAUGUUGUUCCAAACCCAAAUGACUUUCUUUCUUCUAUGGAACAACAUGAGGGUAAGUAAAUGAUUGAUUGAAAUGAUUUUUGAUUGAACUAUCCCUUUAACGCAGUUGUUCCCCAAUGGUAAAGUGGGCAGCACUCGCUAUUAAAAGCCAAAGCUAUUCAGGUCUGUUACGUCUCUGAUUUAGCUAUACUGUAUGGCUUUUUUUGUAACCUGCCUGAAUGAAUAUAUUAAAAACAAACGACUUUCUUUUUAUACUGCACUUUCAAUUGCCUGAAAUAUUUCAAAAUCGCAUAUCGUACCGGUUGAAUGGUACAUAAAAGCGAGAAAUGUCUUCAUUUGGGUCAAAGAACCAUACCAAACACAGCUGAAUAACACAUUUUCCCUUCCUCUGCAGAUAAUGGAUGAUGAAAUAUGUAUUUCUCCACUGUAUAUUACCUUCUCCUUUAAACUGAUUCAUUGUAAUUGUGUGCAGAACCUGUCGGGUCGAGAUAUAUCUGCGGUUUGAUGUAAAAUUCCUGAGAGAAAGUGCCUGAAAUGACAUCCUGUUAACAUUCCAAUAAAUGGCAAUCUGCUCUCACCCUGAAUGGCUGUAGAUAAACAGAGGGUAUGUGUUAAAUCAAACCCCUUGUCAACUGCACUAGCAAAGCUAAGUGGCUUUGAUAAUUAAUAAAGAUAUUUUCUCUCCAGACCUCACUGGCAAAUAAUUCCCUGCAGUCCUAUCUUAUUCACAACUAUCUUUGUGCGUCUGACUCAAUACGGGGUGAUGGUUGUUUGUGUGGUUAAUACAAAUAAACAAGAGUAAUGAAAUUAUUGAAGGAUACCUGUCUGGGUGAAUCUCACAAAACCGGACCAGAAUGGCAAAUUAUCUUUAAAUCAACAGAAAGAAUAAGAAAUCGUCUAUUUUUAGAACUGUUAUUUUCAUGACAAUAAGGCUCAAACCACCCCCCAUUUUCAGUGGCGUAAUGCACAUAAAUCUCAUUUUAAUUACUGUAAUGAAAGAAAAAUGAAUGCUAAGUAAUUAAAAUUGUAUUGUGGUAGUAUUUGUUUUACUGCUUUUAAUGAAUGCUGAUUUAAAUGCAAAAAAAAAAAUAAAUAAAAAAAUGUAUUCACAAUUGAGCAUUAUAUGAAUAAAAAAAAAUACAAAUAAAAACAGAAAGAGAUUUUCACAUUAUGGUAAUUUUGGAAGAAAAUUUGCUUAAUUUUCAUAGAAUCAAUGCAGUGUUUCCUACAGAAUCCUUUUUAUUACUGAACAUUCACGACGUUACAAGACACUGUAUGUCAUAAUCCAUAAAGUGUAUACAAUUUCUUUUGGCGAAGGAGAGUUCGUUCAGUGAGUUCAUUCAGUGAAGGAUUCGUCAGACUGAUUCAAAGCGGUAACUAGUGUUGGCGAGUCACUUCGAGCGAUUCAUUAAAAGAACAGGCUCAUAAGAGUCAUUUGCCUGUUAAUCAGACUACACUAAUCUCGAUUUAUAUUCGAUUUGGAGUGCAGAUAGUCACUUCAUUAGCUUGCCCAGUAGUGGUUGGUGAACAGUGAGGCAGAUCAGUCAAGAACAUAGAGCCAAUCGCACAGGGUUGCUGCAGAGUUUUUAAAAUCAAAUUUAAGACUUUUGAAGACCUUUUUCAAGAACUGAACAAAUAAAAUGAAUACCAUAUCCCCAUACCAAAACAAACUAACACAAUCUCAAAAUAAAUCAUGUAUCACAGACUCUUACUUAAACAGGCAGGAGCACACAUUCAACAUGGCCUUAACAUUGCUCAGUAAAACAGUAUAGGCUAUAUGCAAGUUUAAAAUACUCAAGACAUGUUUUCCACAUGUAUAUCACAUUAAAAUUGGUUUAUGUAUUAUUAUAUAAAUACAUACAAAUUAGAGGUCGACUGACGUUCUUAGUCUUUCCUUCCUGUGAUGGGAAGAGCCAGAUAGUGACUACAAGAGUCAAAAUUUAAAUUCCAGAUGCACUUUAUUUUGGAUUUGAUUCAUAGCAUGGAACUUUUAACUUUAAAGGCACUUUAACCGGGGACUCUUAUUUUGAAAUGUUUGCGCUUCACCGCUUCCAACUGCUCAUUCAAACAAAUAAGGGAUAUAAAAUGUGCACUCCUACAAUAAUCUACAACAUAUUACAAUAUAAACGAUUAAAAGUAAACAUUGUCAUAUUUCAUCAACAGUUGAUCUUUAGUGAUAGCUUGUCAUUCAUUUCCGAUAUGGCUUAAUGAUUGUGAACUGCUCACCAACAGCUGGAAACACUCACAAGCCCCCACUUGAUUGGAGAAAAUACAACAGUGCUGCAUUUUCGCUUUUAAGGACAUAGCGCAUGCAUUUAUUUAAUUAGAUCGUAUUCUUCUGAAGUUUGAUAAUCACAUUAGGUCAUAUCAUGAUUCUGGUCAUUCCACCCCCAAAUUUAAGACCUCUUUAAAUGAUUAUUAAGACUUUCAUUGUAUCAUUUAAGAUAUUUAAGACUUUUUAUUAUCUUAGAUUUUGGAAAACUGAAUUUAAGACAUUUUAAGACUUUUUAAAGAUCUGCAGGAACCCUGUCAUAACAGUGGCCGUUUACUGUCAAGUCUUAAAGGAGAAGCAGCACCAAAGCUGAGUGUUUCUGAAAGAGGGUCAGAAUGAGGGUGGAAAAAUGAUCAUGUUUUAAAAAUAUAUGACUGUUUAUUGUGCAAAAAAUAAUAAUUUACUAAUACUAUAAGUGAAAAUUAAGGAAGAUUUUAAAAUAAUAAAAAAGGCAUGUCAUGACCCCUUUAAAAAAAAUGGCUUAUAAGAGUAAUUUGUUUGGGAAGCGGACUAUAUUGGGCGAGUUAAUUCAGUAAAGGAUUCGUCAGACUGAUGCAGACCAAAAACUUUUGCAACGGAAAAAACUUUUGUGGCGGAAGGGAGUUCAUUAAGUGCGGUUAUUCAGUGAAGGAUUUGUGAUUGAAUCUAACCGAUGACUAGUGUGUAAGCGAGUUGUUUUGAGCGAAUCUUUAAAAGAACCGGCUCAUAAGAGUCAUUUGUUCUUGAAUCAGACUACACUAGUUGUGGUUUAUGUUUGGUUUGGAGUGCAGACAGCGAACAAAACACAACAGAAAGAUGUGUUGUUUUGGCAUUAUUUCAUGGUACCCAACUAUUUCUGCUUACCAGAAUGAUCUAACAUUAUAAAAAUAAAACCUAAAAAUAACCAUUAGAUAAUGUUCUGUGUAGAUUUUUAUUAGGUUGCCACACAAGAACCUCCUAGCAACGUUCUGGGAGCGUUAGUUUAUGGUUACCACAAAAAAACGAGUUUGCAGGGUAAACACUUUUUAUCUCACCACAUUCAGUUCAGACUGUAUGCUCACAACUCGUGUAAACUUCUGUCGUGACGCUGCUGAAUAGCUGUGCAGGAAACACUGAAACCACGUCACAAUGCAAAAAGUCUUAAAAUAGGCUUUAUUUUCUUUAUGCAAAAUACAGUUUUGGUGGUUAAAUGUGACUUGGACAUGUUUUUGUGAGAUUCACCCGUACAAUUGAAAGAUGAAAUGCUUUAUUGUUUAAAAAGUACACAACUGCCUAAACUCCUCAAAGAUUAGCCGCUUUCAGGACAUUGAGUCUUUACAUCAAUCUGACUGCUUUAUGGGUGACUUUUAAGACGCAUGUAAAUACAUCUUUGAUUCAGACAUGGUGCUUAAUUUAGACAUGUUAAAUAAACAUAGAAAGUUAAAGCAAAAAUGUCCUGACUCUUAAUAUACUUGCAAGGUGCAGUCUAAAGCUUAUGUGAGAUUUACUCUGCAUUAUUUCUUGUAAAACAAGAUGUGAUAGGCACUCUGUGUUAAAUGUCAAAUUUGACUAUUAUAAUUACUGAGCUGAAAGAGGCCUGAAUGCAAAUGAAUAUACUAAAAGUUCAGGAAAUCGUGCAUGAUUCUUACCCAGGAGUGUACGUGAUGUCACUAUAACAAUGCUCUAACCAAAACCAAUAUCGCUUUCAUUUGAUGAUAUACUGUAAGAGUAGCUUAAUCAUUCUCGUUAAUUAUAUGGUCAGUUAUGAUAUUCUAAGACAAAUGACUGCAACAUUUUUGAUAAAUGAUAUUACGUGGCUACUCACAUGUAUUGCGGCAGGUCCAAGAUGAAAAGUCCAUUGAGUGGCACUAAAAGCAAGUACAUUUUUUCCAAAAAAAAAACAAAAAAAAGGGCAAAUGCAAUUGUUACAUGAAAAAAUGCAAUUGCUGAAGCAACCAUGUAGUUCUUCUUUGACACUUUAGGCUCACGUGUCGACUUGCAUGCUCUUUAGCACUUGUAUCAGUUGAGCUAUACUGGGCAAUCAUGUUAAAACAAGUUUAUUAAUGUAGCUGGUCAUGUAAUGCUUUACAGGUCAUUCACUAUAGUAAAAGUAUUUUGAUGUCAUAGGAUAGCAUUUUGUGAGAAACAGGGCGAAAAGUAAGUGUUAGUUAACAGAUAAUCUGCCAUUUAACUAAUGAUUUGUGUUAAAGGGAAUAAAUGUCAUUAUUGUUGUAACGCCUCCAGUGUUCAUUUCACCAGGAAACUGCCGCAAUAUGUACAACGAGCUACGUAAAAAAUCAUUUUGGAAAAAUGUUGGUAUAAUAACAUGUUUCUGACACAAGGUUGUUGAAAACAAUCAUUGUUUAUGCAAUUACGUUUGGUGGUGCAGAAUAUACAUCCAUUUAAGCAGCUGCCCAGACUGUUUUGAAUGGAUUCAGUGCUACAUUACGAAUAGCUAGGCCUUUUUUUUGUAUUACUUCUGUUACUUUAAAAAAAAAAAAAUUACAUAUAAUAA